AUCGUGUUUGCUGCCCAAAACCAGACAGCUUCCCCCACCCCGGUUCCCGUCCCUCACUCACAGACAUCCUCCCCUCCCCCUUUUUGUUCGUGUUCUCGCUUCACUCUCUCUCUCUCUCUCUCUCUCUCUCGGCGUCGUCCUACUCGUCUCUACUUCCUCUCCAAUCAUUUCAGUCCAAGGCAAAUGGCCUUCUUCCCUCAGCACCACCACCACCUCCAACAGCCACAGCAACAGCAGCAGGCGAUUCCAUUCAGCUGCAGGAAUUUCGUGCCUAUCGAUGGCCAAAUCUCCGCCCCGAUCGACCUCGCCGCCGCCGCCGCCUUCCCGGAUCCUUCCUUCGUUCGUGUCAUGGGCCUCACACCCGGCGCCGUGCCGGCGGCGGACGGCGGAUCGAGCGGUUGGGAGCCGAGAAGGAAGCGGCUCAAGGAGCAGGACCUCCUGGAGAACUCCCAGAUCUCCUCCAUCGAUUUCCUCCAUGCCGGGUCGGUUUCCACUGGGCUGGGACUCUCCUUGGACGACCGGAGGGUUGCGGCUUCAUCUGGGGAGUCGCCGCUUGUCCUCCUCCCUACGGUCGGCGAGGACAUUGAUUGCGAGGUGCAGAGGAUGGACGCAGAGAUGGAUCGGUUCAUCAAGCUUGAGGGUGAGCGUAUGAGGAAAUCAAUAUUGGAGAAGGUUCAGAUGAAACAGUUCCAAACAUUAGCUUCUGUAGAGGAGAAAAUCUUCAGAAAGAUACGAGAGAAAGAAUCAGAAGUUGAGGGCAUAAAUAAGAAGAACCUGGAACUUGAGGAACAAAUGAAACAGUUAGCCAUGGAAGUGAGUACGUGGCAGCAACGGGCAAAGUACAAUGAGAGCAUGAUUAAUUCCCUCAAGUACAAUCUCGAACAACUCUAUGCUCAGAGCAAGGACAACAAAGAAGGGUGUGGUGAUAACGGGGUAGAUGACACUGCCUCUUGCUGCAACGGGGACACUGAUUUACAGCUUACGUUCAAGCAGAAUAAGGAUAUCGAGUCCAUGGCUUGUAAGGUUUGCAGGGUGAACGAGACUUGCAUGCUUUUGCUGCCCUGCCGACAUCUAUGCCUGUGCAAAGAGUGCGAGAGCAAGCUUAGUUUCUGCCCAUUGUGUCACUCCUCGAAGUUCAUCGGCAUGGAGAUUUAUAUGCCAUGAAACUUGUUGCCCUAAAGAUGUCAUGCACCGUGUCUUGUCUAGUUAUCAUGGCCUACUUGUGAUAUCUUCUACACUGCAUAAACUAAAAGGGUUUAAUAUGUCGUAGAUUUACGAUCUGUAGUAUGGAUUCUGCUUAAUGUUUUAUUGGGCUUUAUAUGUACCAUUAGAGUUGGAUGGUUUCUUGAUGUUAAUCUUCUUGCAGAAACUAAUGUUCUUCUGGAUUUAA